AUGGCCCCCGUCCCUCGCGUCUACUCCAAGACCUACAAGGUCCCCCGUCGUCCUUUCGAGUCGGCUCGUCUUGACUCGGAAUUGAAGAUUGUCGGCGAGUACGGCCUGCGCAACAAGCGUGAGGUGUGGCGUGUCCAGCUCACUCUGUCCAAGAUCCGUCGUGCUGCUCGUGAGCUGCUCACCCUCGACGAGAAGGACCCCAAGCGUCUUUUCGAAGGUAACGCUUUGAUUCGCCGUCUGGUCCGUAUCGGUGUGCUCGAUGAGUCCCGCAUGAAGCUCGAUUACGUCCUGGCCCUCCGUGUCGAGGACUUCUUGGAGCGUCGUCUGCAGACCUGUGUCUACAAGCUCGGCCUUGCCAAGUCCAUCCACCACGCUCGUGUCCUGAUCAAGCAGCGUCACAUCCGUGUUGGCAAGCAGAUCGUCAACGUGCCUUCCUACAUGGUCCGCCUGGACUCCCAGAAGCACAUCGACUUCGCUCUUACCUCGCCCUACGGCGGUGGCCGCCCUGGACGUGUCCAGCGCAAGAAGGCCGCUGCUGCUGCCGGCGGCGGUGACGGCGAGGAAGAGGAGGAGGAAGAGUAA